GCACCCCAAGCUGGACAUCAUGAAGGUCCCAAUCCUCCCUGCCAUGGCUCUGCUCUCUCUGCUGGCGCUCCACUCUGCCCAGGGGGCAGCCCUGGAGAGGCGUGAGGAAGAAACUACCAUCAGUAACUAUGCAUUAGGAUCAGAGGCCUUUAACAACCAGUUCCUAAAUAUUGGCAAAUGGAAAAAUAAUUUCAACCCUGAAGAAUUCAUGAACUGGCAUGCCCUCAUGGAUUUCAUCAAGAGGUCCUUUCCUUUCUUGAACUGGGAUGCCUUUCCUAAGCUGAAAGGACUGAGGAGUGCAGUUCCUGAUGCCCAGUGACCACUCCCUCCAAGACCCAGGACUGCUGACCUUCACUGGAAGGACCUCACUGAAACAUCUCAUUCCUGUCCCACGUCUUCUAUUUCCUGGUUCAGCAUGCUAAUAAAAACUUU